UGCUGCUUUUUUGUAUUCUGUCAUUUAGCGAAGGUCUUGGACUUCGCCAUUCUAGAUCCGUGGUGAAUAUGGACGACCUGUUAAAAAUGGAGGGUGAACUAGUAGCCAAUCUGGAAAGUUAUGCUGCUGUGCUUACCAAUAAAGCCGAAACUAUUAGGAGGGGUGUUCUCCAGAUGAAGGAAAUGCAUCAGAGAAUGAAGAAGGAAAAACUCAAGGAAUUUAGGGCCUUGCAUAGUUAUUCCCUCAUUCGAUACAUGCAGGCAGACUGGCUGAUGUGGAGUCAGUAUUUGGAGCACUCUUCUUAUGCGGAACACUUGGCUUUUGUAGAGUCAAAGAAACAGUUUUUGCCAAAGGAACACGACUUUGCAGAUGCUGCUAAUGGAAUAAGAAGAAUGCAGGCGACCUACGGAAUGUUGGCCAGUGAUAUCUCCAAUGGAUUACUGGAUGGAGUGCAGUAUAACUCUUUCUUGGCAUCUGUUGAUUGCCUGGCAAUGGGUCGUCACCUUAUGAACCAAAAUCGAUGGACAUCCGCCGAGCAAUGGAUUCUUGCUGGCAUUAAUGCUGAGGAUCGUAAAGGUUUUCAAACAGAAAUGCAGAUGUUAAGAGGACCAAACAUCGCUGAGCUGUUUAGGGCACUGGGAAAAGUGCGAAUCAAAAUGAACGAACCCAAAGAAGCCUUGGAAGCUUACAAAAAGGCUCUGAAAUAUUCGCCACAUGAUAUACAAAUUUUCGAGGAGUAUCAAGCUUUGACCAGAACCCUUCUUACAUCAUCAGGAAGUGAGUCAAUAAAGGAGGAACCCGAUGAUGACAUCGAGGAAAUGCAGCUGCCUCCCUGUUGCAGUGGCCGCUAUCCCUUCGUCGUUGUCUUUCAUGAAAUGGUUUAUCCCAAGGAGAGUGCUCUAAUAAGAUCCUCGAGCAAGGAGCUCUUGACUCCCUCUGAAACAAUCGAUAACGACACAACUGACUUUGUAGUUGCCUCCUCAAGAACAUCAAAGUCAGUUUGGUUCGAUGACGAUGCAAACGAGGCUACCCUUAAACUCGCUAAUCGUUUGGGGGAUGCAACAGGAUUGGAUAUGAAACACUCGGAGCCUUUCCAGGUGAUCAACUACGGAAUCGGAGGCUUCUUCGAAACGCAUUGGGACUUGCUUCAUUCGGAUGAGAAUCGAUUCACCUUCGGAUCCAUUGACCGAAUGGCUACCACUCUUUUCUAUCUGAAUGAUGUGCCCCAAGGCGGAGGAACCUACUUCCCGGGAUUAAACCUCACGGUCUUUCCCAAGUUCGGAUCGGUGCUCUUCUGGUACAAUUUGGACACGAAGGGGAACAACCUACUCCGCACAAUGCACACUGGCUGUCCAGUCAUCGUGGGCUCUAAAUGGGUGGUCAGCAAGUGGAUAGACGAUAAGGGACAAGAGUUCAGGAGGUCCUGCAUCGACAUUAAAGCAAAUUCUAAGCAUUCGUUAUCUGUAGAAAAGCUAUUCUAGCUCAUAUUAUUUUAAGUUGUAUUAAUAAUAAGCCUCUAAAAUUGUA